GGGCCACAGGAGAUACUAAACACAGUAAGGUGAGCUCCUCUCCUCCCCCUACAAUCCCCGUUUCCUUAUUCCAUUUGUGUCUACAUAGGUAGACAGAGGCAAACCAUUUCCCACUCACACUGAGAUUUAUCUCUCCUGAUGCUGGAAAUAUUUUAUCCAAAGGAAAGUUACCACAGAGUCAUAAUAUUUGAAUCAAAGGUUUCAUUGGGCAGUUUUGAAUAGUUCUAAGGGAAGGGAGACCUCUAUCAAGGGUAAGUUACUCAGAGAAGGGUGAACUUCUUGGGGAGGCCUUAAGGACCAUCUGUGUGGUCAGCCAUGUCCUCAUUCUGACGUCCAAAUUGUUCUGGGACCCUCCACUGGGGUUGGGGCAGUCCCAGAUUUGGACCACCCCCCACUCCCACGCCCAACUUCACAUUCUCAGCUGUUUCACUGGAUGUUGCAUCAGGGAGGGUGAUGAAAUCAGUGUCAGUGGAUUUUACCCAUGGAUGCAACAGGCUGAAGGACUGGCCAGGGUCACUGACAUAGCGCACCUCAACUCCCUAGACCUCCUGGACUUCCUAGCUGUGGGACAGGGAUUAGGCGUUAGAAUAUCUAGCCCUUGCUUACCCUGGCAUCCCAAAAGAACCACCACCUGAACCCCACAGAUCCUAUGAAACAUUGGGCCACUAAGGCUGAGGAGUCAGAAGGUUCUCAGCAACAAUUCUCUCCCUCCAAGAGCCCCCAAGCCCUCCUAGUCUCCACAAUGAGGCCUGAAGUGGGGGCAGUAAUGUUUUAUGGCAUUAUAUGGCUUCCCAGUUCACAAAGUACCAUCGAGUCCAUUCUCUUCCAGUGAAAAUAAUUGUUCUCAAGAGAGAAAAAGAAGCCCCCUGGUUCUUAGAUAGAGGGCACCAGGUGGAAACCAAACUUCAUUCCAAACAGCUCACUAUCCUAUUGGGAAAUAAAUGAAUGCUUGUUUUUUAUUUUUCUCAGGCAGGAGGUAAGGAAAUUAGGUGCUAGGGGGAAGUAUAUAGCUUUCAGAGGCAAAAAGAUGAGGGAAAAGUUAAACAGGAAGGAACUUGAGACUAGAUUCAUUUAAAUAUUCGUUCCUCCUACCCCCACCCCCUCUACAGCCACUUCGAUUCAUGGAGAGCAUUACACAUAUGCCCCAUCCUAGGCCUCCAGCCACAGCAACCACACGUCUCAUUUCCCUUGGAACUAAGGCUGCAUACCUGGGCUCCCCACGGAGGGGGAUGAUGCAGGGAGGGGAAUCCCACCUGCUGUGAGUCACCUGCUAGUAUAAAGGGCGGGUCUUACAAUGCAGGGACCUUAAAAAGAGACUCAGAGACAAGGGGAGAAAAACAGCAGGAAGCAGUUCAGAAACAGAACAGAAGGAACCAAACCAGAGACUCACAGAGCGGAGAGCAUCAGGCUCAGCACAGGGAAGUGGGCAGAGAUUCCACAAGGACCAGUGCAAGGCCCAGAGCCAGCCAGAUUUGAGAAGCAGGCAGCGAGAUGCUGGGAAGCAGGGCUGUGAUGCUGCUGCUGCUGCUGCUGCUGCUGCUGCUGCCCUGGACUGCUGAGCCCCGGGCCAUGCCUGAGGGCAGUAGCCCUGCCUGGAUUCAGGGCCAGCAGCUCUCACAGAAGCUCUGCACGCUGGUGUGGAGUGCACAUCCUCCCAUGGGACAUGUGGACCUACCAAGAGAAGAGGGAGAUGGCGAGACUACAAGUGAUGUCCCCCGCAUCCAGUGCGGGGAUGGCUGUGAUCCCCAAGGACUCAAAGACAACAGCCAGUUCUGCUUACAAAGGAUCCACCAGGGCCUGGUUUUUUAUGAGAAACUGCUGGGCUCAGACAUUUUCACAGGGGAGCCUUCUCUACUCUCUGAUGGCCCUGUGGGCCAGCUUCACGCCAACCUUCUGGGCCUUAGGCAACUCUUGCAGCCAGAGGGUCACCACUGGGAGACUGAGCAAACUCCAAGCCCCAGUCCCAGCCAGCCAUGGCAGCGCCUCCUCCUCCGCCUCAAGAUCCUUCGCAGCCUCCAGGCCUUUGUGGCUGUAGCUGCCCGGGUCUUUGCCCACGGAGCAGCAACCCUAAGCCUGUAAAGCCAAUGGCUUAAGGAUGGUACCCAGAUCUCCAUGGCUCAGCAGUGCUAAAUGAAUCAGCCCGGGCACCUGUGAGCCAAUAAGUUAUCAGUCCAUUAAUUCUAAUGAGACUUGCAUAUGUUGCAUACUGACUAACUUAUGAUGCUGACCUAGGACAAAGUUGAAUAUUUAUUCAAUAGGAAGGGAAAACUUAAGAUUAUUUAUCCUCAUGGCAGCAGCUUGGGGAGGAUUAUUUAUUAUAUUUAUAUUGAAUUAUGUACUUUUUUCAAUAAAGACUUAUUUAUGUGGAUAUCUGAGUCUGAUUUCUAGGCUUGGUUGGGAAAAGGAAAAAGAGGGCCAAAGGACUACUGUAUGCAUCCUUCUGCAGGGCUCCAGUGGACAAGGAUAUAUUUUCCUGACCUACUGGUAUAUACAUAGAGUAUCAAGGAUCUUUUAGGUCUAGAUCCUGGCAUAGCUAAGCAAGCUGAAUCGGAUUACAAAGGGUUAAGAUGAGGAAGCUGGGCCCCUAAAUGUGACUCCCUUUGCCACCUGACCCUGUGCCUCCUUACUUUCUUGGCCAAGAGUGUAUUUGGCCAAAGACAGGAGUCCCGAUCACUGCAGGAUCAAAAGUCAGAGCUGUUUUGAGCAGAAAGGGUAUUCCAGGAAGAUGGUGGUAAAUCCCCCAAAUUAAUGGGAUUAUCCCUUAAGGACAUCUGUGAGCCCCAUCGGAGGGCCUGACUACCCAAGGGGAGGUAAACUAUCUUUGAAGCAAAGAGAAGGGGGAGGCUACUGUGAUCAUUUCCCUUCCUUUUCUCCAUAGUCACAACAUUAAAAAAGCACAGGCUUUGAAGUCAAACAGAACCAGGCUUGUAUCUUGGCUUUGUCACUAAACAGCCAAGUGACAAUGGGCUAGUUCAAAACUGCCCAUUCUAGAACCGUACCCACCCCCCCAACUUAUAUAUGGCUCACAGACUUCUGGAAGAAUCUAAGGGACAGGAAAGGCUGUUCUAAACAGGGGAGUAAGAAAAAAA